UACUGUUUGUUCACAAUAUUUACCAUGGUAACUGUCGUUUCCCCUCAAAUACCGUAGUUACUAAAGUUACGUUACUGCAUUAAUUUGACUGUGAAAACUAAAUGAAAUAAAACGACACUGCCUUUGAAACGAAUACGUAAUGUAUGUAUGAUUUAAUAUCUAAUAUCUUCUGAAGAUUUUCCACAGUUUUUUUAUUUUUUAUUUUUAAUAAUAACUAGUUUCCAUUAUAUUUUAGUUGUCAUGGCACUUGAGGCUCUUGAGAAUGGUGAGGUUCCAGUCGGCUGUCUGAUGGUUUACAACAAUGAGAUUAUUGGAAAAGGAAGAAAUGAGGUGAAUGAAACAAAAAAUGCUACUCGGCAUGCAGAAAUGGUGGCACUGGAUCAAGUGCUUGAUUGGUGCCGUUUCAGAGAGAAGGACCCAAAGGAGGUGUGUGAACAGACUGUACUUUAUGUGACAGUGGAGCCAUGUAUCAUGUGUGCCGCUGCUCUGCGCCUGCUUCCAGACAUACCUCUUGUUGUAUAUGGGUGCAAAAAUGAGCGGUUUGGAGGCUGUGGAUCAGUCCUGGACAUCUCAUCAGAUCUUUUACCACACACUGGAACUUCAUUUAAGUGCAUCGCCGGCUAUAGAGCAGAAGAGGCUGUUGAAAUGCUCAAGACAUUUUAUAAACAGGAAAACCCAAAUGCUCCCAAACCUAAAGUGAGGAAAGAUUUGAUCAGUCCUCCAGAUGGCGCUGUAGUCGUUCAGGUAAAACAAGGACCGCAAGAUGACGAGAGCGAAACAAUUGCUCCUUUGAGCUGAAAUGGAAAAUAUUGAGACUUUUACAAGACCUUGUCAGUGCCUGGAUCUCAGUGACUUUUGAUUUUGCCAUCUUUAUGAGGUCAUUGAUAUGAUCUAGUAUUUGAGGAAGCACGUUGGCUCAUUAUCUGGACCACAUAGCUCGUAAAACCUCCAGGCUUCCUCUUCUCUGUGGCUGGACGCUGAGAGUUGUCUGUUAACAGUGUGUAGAAGCAAUAGACUGGGCCUGUUCUGCAUUAAAGCGCAGGUUCUUCUCCAGGUCUUGCGCUCUCUGUGUCCUUAUACAACCCAGAGAACUGGUUCUGAACUCUCAAUGAUCUCAGUCUUGGACUCACUAGCAGAUGCUGGACAGGCCCAGGUGGAGUUUCCACUUACUUCAUAGCCAGAAAAUUUAAAGGGAUAGUUGAAAUUAAAUUUCUUUCAGUACUUUUUCACACUACUUUUUUUUCUUCAGUGGAGCACAAAAAGGGAAUUUUAUGAAGGAGUCCUCUAAAGAAUAUAUACCCAUUUUAAUAGAAUUAAAGUAAUUGAAGAUGGAGGCUGUCAAGCUCUAUAAUAGCAAAAAAUAAAAGGAUCACAAACAAGUAUAAAAGUCAUCCUGAUGCUUUGUGUAUAUACUUUUGUUUAGAUUUUUCUGGAAGAUGGAAAGUCACACAGGUUUGGUACAACAUGAGGGUCAACAAAUAAUUAAUCAUUUUUAGGUUUUCAAAGUUGUUUCCUUAAGUUUGCUUGUUUAUAUAUUUGUAUUUGCAAUAUCCCAUGCAUACUAACUUGGAAAAAAGAAAAUACGUUUUGUUGUCUGUAUAAGUGUUAAUUUAGUAUUAUUUAUGUGCUGUCAUAGUUAUUGAUAUUUUGAAUCAGAAUUAAAUUAUAUUUUACAUUUUUCAUUUUAACUUUAGUUUCAUUUUCAGUAAUUGUAUGUGUAUAUAUAUAUAUAUAUAUAAACCAUUUAGUUGUUCUUAUUUUUUUAUUUCCAAUCAGUCAACUUGAACUUAUUUUGGUUAGUGGCCAAGGCAGCAUUUUCUCAUUUUGAUUUAGUUUAUUUAUUUAUUAUAGUGCUGUCAAUGAUUAAUCACAUCCAAAAUAAGUUUUGGUUUACCUAAUAUGUAUAAAAAGUUAUAUUAUAUUAUAUGUGUAUAAUGUAUAAUGUAUAAC